CCUCUGGGGGGCAGUGAUUGGUUGUAAGACUUUGUAGCUGCAGUCUGAUGAACUCCGCAGAAGAAGAGGCGUCCUAGAGACAAGAGGAAGAAAAUGACAGGGCGCGCGAAAAGAAAACCCAAAUCCAGUCAGGAGUCAGGCACAGGCAAUGGGGAAGUAAAGAAAACCCGCACAGAUGAAUCCAAAGAAGUGCCAUUAUCGGAGGUGAAUUCAGAGCAACGCGAUGACAUAAUGCAACUGUACAAGCUCCCAAUGCCAGAGGAUCUGUACCACUUCUGGGACUUUUGCAAGGAGCUAUGUCCUGACAGCCCUUGUGGUGCACUGAAAGACACACUUGGGUUGCAGCUGGUUGGUCCCUUUGACAUCCUGGCUGAAGCUCACAAAGACUCCAAAAAUCCUCAGCCCAACUUCCACCUUCAUUGGAGGUAUUUUUAUGACCCGCCUGAGUUCCAGACCAUCCUCCGGGGGGUUGAGGACAGUCAGCACCACAUUGGCUAUUACAGAGAUACACCGGACUCCCUGCCUUCUUUUGUCGGGGAAAAUGAUGCAAAAAAAGGCUACACUAUCACACAGAUGGGGGACAAUGUGUUUGCUGCUGUCCUUCUGUAUCUGCUGAAGAGGAGGAAAGAGCGGGGCAGCGUGAAAAAAGGUGGAGAUGAUUUGGAAAGCUUAGAGACACAGCUGAAGGACAGGGCAGAGAAGCUGGGCUUGUCUCUAGAACAGAAGACCAAAGGCAUGAAACUGAGGGACAAGAAGGUGGUCACCAAGACAUUUCACACUGCUGGCAUCGUUGUGCCUGUAGACAAGAACGAUGUAGGAUACAGAGAACUACCUGAAACAGAUGCUGGUCUUAAAAAGAUCUGUAAAGCUAUUGCUGAAGCCCGGAAUGAUGAAGAGCGCGUCAAAGCCUUUGGACCUCUCCAGGAGAUGAUCACGUUUGUUCAGUUUGCCAACGAUGAGUGUGACUACGGCAUGGGCUACGAGCUAGGAGUAGAUCUCUUCUGUUUUGGAUCUCAUUAUUUCCACAAGGUUAUAAGGCAACUUCUGCCCAUGGCCUACAACUUGCUGAAAAGAAACUUGUUUGGAGAAAUUCUUGAGGCCCACCUCUCCAGCCGUAGCCAUGAUGACCUGGACCAACUCUCUGCACAAUAAGAAAAACAGUCUCACAGACUCUUCAGUUCUAGCUUUUAUAAGAUUUUCUCCACCAUAUGUUACCGUCCUCUGUUUGUCAUUGUUAAUGUGUUGGUGGUUCUGGUGCUGCUUUCUUUUAUUUGAACCAUUUUGAUGAUAUCUUGAUUGUAAAAUAUAGGUAGAUGUCUAAUAAAGUAUUUUUUUUAUAUUUACUAGUCUAA